CUAGGCAUUGGCUGAAUAAGUAGUGAAUGCGUGGGUACAGCAGGUGACGCAUUUUAAACAGUCGAAAAUGGUUUUUAUAUGUCAUUGCUGUGCUAUUUUUUGUGUGAAUGCUGAAAACAUUUAUUUGCUGCCACAUAUUAAUGGAAUGAUUCUUUAUAAAAUGGCCAACAUGGUGUUCAAGAAGAAGGAUGUGGGCGCUGCUUCUCCAUUUCAUCAGCUGAUUGGUCGACAUCUGGAAGAUGUUCAGACACUCGGGAAAGAAUUGUUCAUGUACUUUGGAGAUAUCUGCUUACGGGUUCAUUUUCUGAUGGAUGGCCAGUCAUUUAUCAACAAUGCGAAGGUUGACAAUGAUUCUGGUGGGAGGACUGAGACAGCCACGCUGGAACUACACAUGUCGGAGGAUGUACUUACGUUCAAGAAGUCUUCAGUGGAUAUCAGGCCAUCGGUCCCCUGUAGGCAGAAAUACGAGACAAUGAAUGAUGUUGACAUAUGUUCCCCAGUGUUCAACUUCCGACGCGCAUUCUCUCUUGUACGUGAACAAACGGACAGACAGGUGUGUGAUGUGCUCCUGGACCAGUCCAUUCUGCCAGGGGUCGGCAACAUCAUCAAGAAUGAGGCCUUGUUUGACAGUGGCAUAAAACCAAGCUCAAAGAUUGGGGAGCUUAAGGAUGAGCACAUUCGCCACCUGCUCAAGAUGACCAGGGACUUUACAGAUAUAUUCUACCGGUGUCGGCGUGAUGGUAAGCAGCUGUCUCCAUACUACAAGAUUUAUGGGAAGCGUCUGUGUAAACAGUGUGAGGGCAGGGUCAUCAUAUGUCGCCUUGGUGAUGAUAGUGGGAGGGUGACCUACUUCUGUGAGAACUGUCAGACCAAUGAUCUGGUAAACAAAAACAGAAAACUUCCAUCUAAGAACAGUUUGCUUGGCUGGGUGCAGACUGGGUCCCACAUUUCACAACCGGAGAUAGCAGACUGGUCAUGUGAGCACUGUACACUCAUCAACAAGGACACUGCAACGUCUUGUAGUGCCUGCCUCAACCCCAGGGUUGACAAAACUGUGGAAGCCAAGCCUGCACAGUUUGGGGCUAAAGGGCAUGUUUCUGGACAAGGCAAUCAAACAAUGAACAGGAAAAGGAAAACAGAAGACUCUGGUGUUGAGCAAACAAGGGCAAAAACUCAGAAAAUUAACACAAGUGUGGUCAAGCUGGAAAACAAAACUGGUUUUAAAACAAAGAUACCUCAAAAUGGAUCUGCAAAAACCAACAAAACACAAAAUGGAACAACAAAGGAACAAAGUGAUAAAAGUAGGAUUCCAAUGUGUGAACAUCACAAGCGAAAAUGCAGCAUGAAGGAAGUUCGCAAAGAGGGGCAAAACCUGGGACGCUGGUUCUUUUCGUGUGUCGUCAGGUCCUGUAAUUUCUUCCAGUGGGCUGAUGUCAAUUUUCCUACCUGCACAGACCAUGGGAAACCUUGUACUAUACGCACUGUGUUGAAAAUAGGACCGAAUAACGGAAAGAGGUUUUUCACCUGCAAACUGCCCAAGAAAAAACAAUGCAAGUUCUUCGAAUGGGCAAUUGGUUAUGACUAAGAGUGGUAUAUUCAAUGUAUAUAGACGCUGUUGUAUACUCAAUACAUGGGAUUCAUGUCCAAAUGAUUUUGCAGAUCAGUAGGUUGUUUAAACUGCAUUUCCAUAGGGUCACUGACGCGGCCUCUCUGUCUUGAUAGGAAAAAUCAUUCAGAAUGUAUAUAAAACAAAUAUCCCUUUUAAUGAUGCAAUGCAAUGGUGACUUUAUUAUGCCCCCCUUCGAAGAAGAGGGAUAUAUUGCUUUGCACAUGUCGGUCAGUCCGUCCGUCCGUCGGUAGACCAAAGCUUGUCCGAGUUAUAACUCAACAAUUCCUGGAGGUAUGGUGAUCAAGCUUGACAUGAAGGUUGGGCCUGACCAGUAGAUGACCCCUAUUGAUUUAAGGGCUCAUCGGGUCAAAGGUCAAGGUCACAGUGACCUUUAAUGAUAAAAUAAUUAUAAAGCUUGUCCGAGUGAUAACUGAACAAUGCCUGCUUCCAUGGCUCUCAAACUUGACAUGGAGAUUGGGCCUGACCAGUAGAUGACACCUAUCGUUUUGGGGGGUCAUCGGGCCAAAGGUCAAAGUAACAGUGGCCUUGAUUGGUUAAAGGGUGUCUGAGUGAUAACUCUACAAUGCCUGCACCCAUGGCCCUCAAACUUGACUUGGAGGUUGGGCCUGACCAGUAGAUGACCCCCAGUGAUUUAUGGGCACAUCGGGUCAAAGGUCAAGGUCACGGUUACCUUAAAUGAUAAAAGGUUGUCCCAGUGAUAACUACCAUGCCUGCACCCAUGGCCCUCAAACCUGAAUUAGAGGUUGGGCCUGACCAGUAGAUGACCCCUAUUGAUUAUGGGGGUCAUCGGGCAAAAAGUCAAGGUCACAGUGACCUUGAAUGAUAAAGGGUUGUCAGAGUGAUAACUCUACAAUGCCUGCACUCAUGGCCCUCAAACUUGACUUGGAGGUAAUGUCUGACCAGAAGAUGACACCUAUUGAUUUUAUGGCUCAUGGCCUCAAAGGUCAAGGUCAUAGUGACCUUUAAUGAUAAAAUAACUUUAAAGCUUGUCCGAGUGAUAACUCAACAAUGCCUAGACCUAUGUUCAUCAAACUUAAUAUGGAAGUUAGGACUGACCAGUAGAUGACCCCUAUUGUUUUGGGGGUCAUCGGGCAAAGGGUCAAAGUCACAGUGACCUUGGUUUGUUAAAGGAUGUCUGAGUGAUAACUGGACAAUGCCUGCUGCACCCAUGGCCCUCAAACUUGACUUGGAGGUUGGGCCUGACCAGUAGAUGACCCCUAUCGAUUUUAGGGUCAUCGGAUCAAAGGUCAACAUCAGUGACCAUUAAGGCAAACUUAACAAUUCAUUGACCUAUGAUCAUCAAACUUGAGAUGAAGGUUGGCCCUGACUAGUAGAUGACCCCUAUUAUUUUGGGGGUCAUAGGUCCAGAGUUUAAGGUCACAAUGACCUUAAAUGUGAAAAAGUUAGCAAAGCCUCUCCCAGUGAUAUCUCAACAAUGCCUAGACCUAUUAUCAUCAAACUUGACAUGGAGGCUGGGCCUGACCAGUAGAUGACCCCUAUUGAUUUCAGGAGUCAUCAAAUCAAAGGUCAAGGUCACAGUGACCUUAAACGAAAAAAGCUUGUCUGUGUGAUAACUUGACACUGCCUGAACCCAUGGCCUUAAACUUGGAGGUCCAUGCAUAUUUCAUUCAAUCCCAAAUAAUCCUGACAACAUGGCACUCAGGGGGGGGGGCAUAAUGUUUGACAAACACCUCUUGUUUUUAAGUUGUUUUAAAUAUUUUGGACAUUUCUUAACAGAAAAAUAGCAGAGUACUUGUUUUAUGUGUUAUUAUCAAACAUUGUUUUAGCCAAAGUAUUGAUAAAGGUCAACAGUACUAAGAUAUGUUUAGUGUUAUUUUGAGUCACACAGUGAAGCUACACUCUCAAUGCAGGUUUGGAAUCCCCGUACCCCAAACCCCAAUGAGUGGGGAAGACAUAUUGUUUUGUCCUGUCAGUCCAUACGUCACUCGUCAAUUAAGCUUACUACAGAGCUACAGAUAACUUUUUUACAUUAUAUUUUACACCCUUAUGCAUUCUAGUAAAGUGUAUGGUACACUCUUGGGUUAUUCAUUAGUGUAACUGCAAUUUCUAAAGUGUACUGAUACAUUAAAUUACAAAAUUGAAUGACUUAUUUUACUUAAUGAACUUUAUAGUACAAAACAAGAACUUACUCAAAAUUGAAAUGUUGCUCAGCUAAUUAUAAGUCCUGAUUAAUUAAAACAUCUUUACUACAUGUACUUUGCUUUCUUGGCUUACAACCUUCUAUAGGUCUCUUAGGAUAGUGUAUCGAUUUUAACAAAUCGGUUUAGCAUUUAGUCAAAACCGCUGGCGUAUAACA